AGUCACCACCCAGGUGGUUAACAUAUAUCAAACGAAGCCCUUGGUAGACUAUUCGUUCGAUAAAAAAGUUCCAUUGGCAAUGGAACUGUAACUUCCGAUAAUUCGAUAAGCGAUUAAUUAUCCAGCUAUUCAUUAUGUGUUCCAAGGAGCAAUGGCCUAAGCAUACACUUGCGAAGCGGAUAUUAGAAGUCUGGAGAGAAUGCUCCGAUGAAAAUGAUAUAGACGCUCACGUCGUUAGCGAAUUUAGGCCUCAAGAUAUUGCAAAGAUCGAUAUAGAUGGACGAUUAGCUAAAGAACGUGCUAAUACACAGGCAAAAGCAUCAAUUCCUAUCAGGCGCGUCAUAUUUCCCGGAGUACACCUAUCGGAGCCUCUCAAACGAUCACGAUGGAUGAUGCUUAGAAAUCUCUACAGACGUACUGGCUCCGACUAUUCGUGGACUGAGUUGGACCGUACAUUUACUCACAACGCUAUAAUAACGAAGUUCAUAGCACCUGGAGCUGAAACGGACAGGGACGCCGUCACCAAUCUCACAGUGGAUUUACUAUCACGUUUACCAUCUAUGCCACCCCCGCUACCCAACCAUAUAUUACUAACAGAGGACUCAAUAGCGGGGAGCUGGCUCCAAAUUAACGCAAAUUCGUACUCCUGGGAAGAUCUCCCUACAGUUCAGAAGCUAUCGGGCGGAGUCAUCCGUAUGGGCAUUUCUAUAUCCCUAACAUAUAACAGGAGUUCUGAUGCCGACACCAAAAAUCUGGAAUCUCAUAACUUUAGGCAAUUUCUAGAUUUCCUCUCAGACCUAAUUGACGGAGCCUUCCACGAGUUUGAAAAAGGCCCUGCGAAAUAUAAUAAUACGUGGCGUUGGUUUAUCCUUAUUACCUAUUUGUGGAGUACCUGGCACCGCUGUCUCGCCUUGCAUUAUUGAGUUCUUCAAGAUAGUCUGGAGACGGGAUUUGACUACACUGGUUUCGGAGAACUUGGACUCAGUCCAAAUAGGGGAUCGUACCUCCUUUUAGACUCGCUUCAAACAAUUAAGUCACAAUACAUGUGUAGCCUGGCAUAUCAGAUUCUACAUCGAAGCAGGUCAACGUUUCUACUCGAUCUUCGGCAUUUCCAUCAGAGGUUUACUGGCGUAUUUGGCGAGAGAUCAGGAAGAUGCAUUGGUAACAAGGCAUGCUCCGGACUAGGACCCGACGAUUGCAAGAGAAUCAGAGGAGCCAAAGUUGUAGACCAAAG